CGGUCCAACGGGCCCACACGUAACUUGCCACGCAAAACGAGUGAUUGUAGUGUUUCGCGCAUUUCAGCUGCAGCUUUACUUCAGCAAAAGUGUUCAGAUGGUGCAAUGGACUGUGUGGCUACUACUGAUCGUGGUAAACGCAGCAAGCAUAAGCGAUAAGAGUCUUAGAAUGAGUUGCCCUAAUCUGUGCUUCCUUUUUAACUUUCAAAAAAAAGGAGAUACGUUCGCAUUUCAGCAAAUAUCUAACACCUCGCAAAAUUUAUACAUGCAAAAUGUGUUGAUGAAGCGCUUGGAUCUUUCAAUACUGGAACAACUGCCUGCUUUUAUCGUUGAGCUAAGCAUUCACUCAUCAGACAGAUUGAAAAGGAUCAGUGUCCCAAAAGCAAUAAAUGUCAUACACAUCAUAGAGUCCGGCUUGCGAAGGAUCGAUAUUUUCGAGGGCAGUUCAUUAACGAAGCUAAAUGUUUAUGAUUGUGACAUGACGAGACUUCCACGAAGUAUUCGUAAUGCACCAAACCUGAAAUUAUUCAGAAUCGAUAAAUGUAAACUGAGCAACAUUGAUUUGGCAACGUUUUGUGAUUAUCCUUAUUUGCGCGAUCUUCGUUUAAAUGGUAAUAAGAUACGGUACGUUGUAAACACGUCGAAAAGGAACUGCAGCAUCUAUAGUUCCGUCACACUGUUGGAAUUAGGUAAUAAUAUGCUCACCACGGUGAACAUGGAGCUGUUCAAUGCGUUUACCAAAUUGAAGGCCUUGAGUCUUUACAACAAUAAAAUCGUAUCGAUAACGGGCCAAUUGGCUCUCGACUCAUUGUCAAAUCUCUUAAUGGGUGGAAAUAGGCUAGAGCAUUUGGAUCUUUGUGGUUGGUAUGUGCCAUCAAUGGAAUCGGUGCUGCUUUCUUUAAACCGUUUUACAAAGAUACCGGAAUGUCUAAACCAUUGGAAAAGUGUUUCGUCUCUCAUGUUGAACCACAAUCAAUUCACCAGCUUUAGUAUCGACAAAUUGGCGGGGAUGAGCAAUUUAACAAAUUUAUAUUUACAAUGUAACAAGCUAACCGAAAUUGAGCUGAACAGUGUAUUCUUUCCCCCGAAUUUAAAAAAGCUCAUAGUGGACAACAAUAAUCUCACUCUGCUAGAUUUGUCAUUCAUUCUGGCACAGGACUUAGUAGUGCAAGCAAGCAAUAAUUUCAUUUCGAGCUUCAACCAAGAGAAUUCCUCGCUUAAUGUCACAAGUCUCACGAUGGAGGGAAAUCCGAUUGACUGUUCAUGGGCAACUCCUUUAGAACGAUUGUAUGGUGAAUGUGUGAGGAAUGAAGAAUUUGAUGCGUGUAGUAUGAUCGAAAAUAACAUAAAAUUGUGUAGCAAACAUCGGUUGUAUAGGUGACAAAUUCGAUGAUGCUGCUUUUAAUAUUAUGCGUGAUUGCUGAUAUGGAUAUAAUUCCUGAUGUAUGACAAAGCGACAGUAUUUUCACAUUAAAUAGACAGUUUACAUCAACAAUGUUGUGCUUAUUUUGUCUAGCGGAAAGAAACCAUUAAGUGGAAAGAAACCAUCAAGCGGAAACAACCAUGAACAAGAAUCUUAAAAAAAGAGUUUUUUCAACAAUUAAACUGGUCUAAUUUAAUGUGAGCCGAUCUGGUGGUAC